GCGGCGGCCUGGCGGGCGGGAGAGCACGGCGCUUGGGGCUGCGCACUGACCGGGCCUGACGGACGGAGCGAGGAGGCCCUUCCCGCUGUGAGUGACUCGUCUCGGCCGCCGCGCGCCCGUCCCCCACCUCUCCCGGCCCCGGCCGCGCCGCUCCCGCCGCCCCGGCCCCCGGCCCGCGUGCCACCAUGUUCAAGAAGUUCGACGAGAAGGAGAACGUGUCCAACUGCAUCCAGCUGAAGACGUCCGUCAUCAAGGGCAUCAAGAACCAGCUACUGGAGCAGUUCCCGGGCAUCGAGCCGUGGCUCAACCAGAUCAUGCCCAAGAAGGACCCGGUGAAGAUCGUGCGCUGCCACGAGCACAUCGAGAUCCUGACGGUGAACGGCGAGCUGCUCUUCUUCCGGCAGCGCGAGGGCCCCUUCUACCCGACGCUGCGGCUGCUGCACAAGUACCCCUUCAUCCUGCCGCACCAGCGCGUGGACAAGGGCGCCAUCAAGUUCGUGCUGAGCGGCGCCAACAUCAUGUGCCCGGGCCUGACGUCGCCCGGCGCGCGGCUCUACCCGGCCGCCGCCGACACCGUGGUGGCCAUCAUGGCCGAGGGCAAGCAGCACGCGCUGUGCGUGGGCGUCAUGAAGCUGGCGGCCGAGGACAUCGAGCGGGUCAACAAGGGCAUCGGCAUCGAGAACAUCCACUACCUGAACGACGGUCUGUGGCACAUGAAGACCUACAAGUGAGCGGCGCGGCGCCGGGGGCCGGAGUGGUGGUGGUGGUGCUGGUGGUGGUGGUGACAAUAAAUGAGAUCUGUUCACACGGC